AUGCCUUCGGAACAAGGUCACAGACGUGAGGGCCGCCACCUGAGCUUCCAGCGUGGAAAGCGCAACCUUAACCCGAACACCAGUCUGAUCAAGAUUGAGGGUGUUGACGACUCCAAGGCCGCCAGCUUCUACCUGGGCAAGAAGGUCGCCUUCGUCUACCGGGCAAAGCGAGAGAUCCAGGGCUCCAAGAUCCGGGUGAUCUGGGGCAAGGUUACCCGCCCUCACGGCAACUCCGGUGUCGUCCGUGCUCAGUUCCGACACAACCUCCCGCCGAAGACCUUCGGUGCCACCGUCCGCGUCAUGCUGUACCCCUCCAACAUCUAA